CCUCUCUGUCGUGGUGUUGUCCGCUAGCCUGUCCAAUGCCACAGACGACCCCAUGACCACUGCCAACCACGAGGCCCCCGUUGACCCUGUGGCCCCGUCUUGCCCAGAGCGCCAGGAGGCCUUUGACGGUUCCUGCUAUGAGUUUGUGAGGCUGAAGCGCACCUUUUUGAGUGCCCAGAGCUGGUGUGAGAGGGGUGGCGGGCACCUGCCGUUCGUCCUCAAUGACGAGACUCAGCAGUUUCUGCAGAAGCACCUGGAUCCGGGGCUCGACUGGUGGCUGGGCCUGGCGCCCGCCUCCCAGAACCUCACCCUGGACCCCGCGGCUCCUGAAGGUCCCCUCUCCUGGCUUGAUGGCUCCGACGUGAGCUAUGCCAACUGGGUUAGGGACCCCCUGGAUGGGGCUGGGUGUGGCCUCAUCCUGAGGGACUCUGGGUUCCAGUGGGAGGCAACUGACAACUGCAGCCAAGAACUCGACUUCAUCUGCGAGUUUGAGUCUGGCCACGCCCUGGCCUGUGCGGAUUACAACGCGACGCUCCAGUGCGGGUCCGGGCAGGUGGUUCAGAUUGACGACGGCUUCUACGGCCGGAAGACCGUGCAUUACUGCCAGGCGAGCCGGGGGACCUCGCCGUCAGCCGCCCAGGAGGAGUGCAGCUGGGUGGACGUGGUGGACUUGGUGAAAGGACACUGCCAUGGGCUGCAGGCGUGUCAGGUGGCCCUGGAUGUAGCAUCGCUUGGGGAGCCCUGUCCAGGACUGGGAAGCUAUCUGUCUGUGGAGUACCACUGCAAAGACGGUCUCCGACUGUUAAUGAGCAAGCUGGCUGCCGUUUUUGACAAUGUCACAAUCACAGUCAAGUGGCUACUCCACCCAUUCCAGGGAAAUCUCACCUGCACCCUCAGCGCUGGCGAUGGGCACACUGUCGACCCCUACAGUCCAGAGAAGUCAGAAAGCAGCAUGGUUCACAAGUAUACCCGGCCUGGCAUUUUCACGGUUGGGGUGGAGUGCACCACCAGCGAGUGGCAUGUGACUGCACAGAAAACCAUUACCAUUCAAGAGCCAAUCGGCGAGUUUGGUGUCAUUCGGUGCUAUGGUUUGAACCAAUCAGGGGACAGCACAAACUGCAAGGCCCUUUAUGGCAGCACUUUGAACAUCCAGGUGGAGGUGAAUGCAGGGACCAACAUCACAUACAAAGUCCAGAGCGGUCAGACCGUCCUGGCCACGGCGACCGCGGUGCGAGGGAUCCACCCUGAGAACAUCACAGUGGACCAGGACGCCCAGCUGCAGCUGGGACCGGGCUGCCACCAGCUCACCCUGCUGGCCUCCAAUGAGGUGACCGCCGUGGAUGUCUCUACGGAGAUUCUGGCCUGCUUCCUGGAGCCGGUGGGGGGCCUGGAGGCCUGGCUGCUGUCGUCGGGGGACGAGCUGUGCACGGGGUCCGAGCUCCGGGUCAACGUCUCGCUGGCCCGUGGGUCUCCUGCGCGGCUGCUCUUCCGCAUAUCCAACGGCAACAGCAGCGUCUACGAGACGAGGGAGAUGAUGAACAGCAGCCUCCAGGAGUUUGGGGUCGCAGCUGAUGCACAAGCAGACAGACUGGUGGAUAUUUACAUGAAAUAUUUUCCAACUGCAACAUUCCAAGUGAGUGUCAGAGCAGCAAAUGACCUAUCAGAGAUGGACUUGGAUGUGGGAAGCAUAACUAUGGUUUGCAACAGUUCUCAAACCAAUGAGACCAACGAACAUUCCAGAGUCCCCCGGGGCGAUUCCAACGUUAAUAUCGAAAUGUCACCAAAGAAUCCAGUCAUCGGUGACUCUGUUACACUCCAGGUGAAAGACCUGCCAAAAAGCAGUAGUGAUUACAAUUUUGCCUGGAACUGCAGUGGCGGGUGUAAAGAUGGCUGCCCAACAGGCAAUUUAGAAAAUCUGGAAAUUCCCAGUAAAUGCAUGCCAGACACAUUUGACGUUGCUAAGUACACUGUCAAAGCAUCCCUAAAAAAUGGUGAUUCAGGCCCCGAGAGAGCAUCCCAAUGUAUAAUUGUAAAGCCAAAGGAGGAUUUGAAAAUAAGUAUAAGCUGUUCUGCCUGCAACCCAGUGAACGCCAAUCAAAACAUUAACCUGCAACUGACCUGCGAGGGCUGCCAGACUAUUAAAUGGUACACAGUGGACAUCAAUGAUGUGGAAGACGGCCUGAAGCGGUGUUAUGACUCCAAGAUGCCAGGGAAACUAAUACUCAAGGAUACGGGCCCCAGCAGUCUGCAACUGUCAAGUUCCGAGCUAAAAGCUGCCAAGCUGAAUAUCAAAGUUGUGGUCCUAGGCAUAGCUAACGGGAAGUCUGGAUCUGACACCUAUACCAUUGACCUGAAUCGACCCACCCCCAGUCCCCCCCGUCCUGGCUUCACGUGUAGCAUCGACCCUUUGAAGGGGACAAUUCUGACACCUUUUACUGUGACCUGCUCCAUGCCCAUGCCAUCCUGUUCAAGCCCCUGUACUUUCUGCCUCAGUGCUGGGAAAGGUAAACAUCUAGACUGUGGAAAUGUUCCUGCCAUGACGUCGCUCUUCCUCCCUCUCGGGGAUAAGAAGAAGGACUACAGUCUGACUCUGUCUGCCACUGUGGAAAACAAGGCAGGGUUCAGUGAGAGCUACUCAUUGACUACCCAGGUGACGGACACCAGUUCAGGCUCCAAUGUGCAGGACCUGCAGACCCAGGUUUCAGAGCAGGUGUCAAAGCUGCAGCAGCAGGGCAAGCUCUCUGGGACAGUCCUGGCAAAUAUGUACCAAUCUGUGUCCGCCAAGCUGAACGAGGGCACUGGAGGGGAAAAGGAAAAGAGCACCAGGAUGGAGAUGCGGGAGGAGAUGCUGGCCAACAUGUCUGCAGUGCUGCAGAGUGACCCCAGCGGUGAUGGCCUGGACGUGCUGGCUACUGCUGUGGCCUUGGAAGGACUCACUCACCUGAGUGAUGAGCUGACAGCCUCUGCUCAGAUUCAGGCGAGCACACUGCUGUGCAACCUCAGCCUCAUCCUGAUGUCCGUUAACAGUUCCAACACGGAGGAGGCCGAUCUAGUGAAAGAGGCGGCGGGGCCCAUCAUCAUGACUGCCAGCAACAUCUUAACGUCAUCCUCCAAUUCAAGCAAUAAGCGCGAGAUCUCUGGUGUCCUGCUGAACACCAUAGACCAUGUGCAGUCCGCUCUACUGGAUGGGACGAGCACCGGUGAAGAGCCUAUCGUCUACAGCUCCCCAGAGAUCACCGUUUACGUCAACAGGAUGGAGCCAGAUCAGCUCCAGAGUCAGGCCGUCAAAGUUCAGAACAGCACCACAGCCAGUUUCACCUUCCCUCCCAUGCAGGAAGAUCUGGUGUCUGGUGAACCUGUGGAUGUGCGGAUGAUGAGCUUUGCGACAAACCCCUUCUCCUGGCAUGAGGAGGAGCCAAUCAGUGGGACAGUGGGAUCCCUGUCCCUCACCAGAAAUGACGGCUCUGUCAUUCCUGUGGCGAAUCUGACCAAAGAAAUCGAGAUCUUCUUGCCAAGGCCCGAUGGACAGCAGGUGAACAGCACAGUCCUGGACCUGAGAAACUUCAGCACGGUGGCCAUUAACAUGACCACGCCCAACAUCUCCCUCGUGGUCCGGCUGGACCCCUCAGAAGACAUCACCCUGCGCCUGCUCUUAGGGUUCCAGUACUACCCAAAGGACGCCCACUACGAGGCACAGACACAGCUGCCCCACCCAGAUGUCCCGCCAGAGGAGCAGUACACAUGGGUACUGGGUCCACAGGAACUGGCAGCGGGUGUUGGAGAGUACUUUAUUUUGGUGAGACCCGUAGUGAGUGCGGGGGUUAACUCCACCAAUGCCAGAGUGUCCGUCACCUCCAUUGCCGCUCAGUGCAAGUACUGGGACGAGGCUGAAGCCGGCUGGAACAACCACGGAUGCAGAGUCGGCCCCCUCACCAAUGCAUCGGCCACUCAGUGCCUGUGCAACCACCUGACCUUCUUUGGGAGCUCCUUCUUUGUCAUGCCCAACAAGGUGGACGUCUCGCGCACGGCCGAGCUCUUCGCCACCUUCGCCAACAACCCUGUGGUGGUCUGCUUCGUGGGCUCCCUCUUCCUGGCCUACCUGAUAGUGGUGGUGUGGGCUCGCAGGAAGGACAUUGCCGACACUGCCAAGUUGAAGGUGACCAUGCUUCAGGAUAACGACCCCCUGGCUCAGUACCGCUACAUGUUGCACGUCAGCACAGGGCACCGGCGGGGGGCAUCCACUUCCGCACAGGUCACUGUCACUCUGCUUGGAUCGGAAGGGGAGAGCGAGCCGCACCACCUCACUGACACAGACAAGCCGGUGUUUGGGAGGGGAGACACGGACAUGUUCCUGCUGACCACGCCCUUCUCCCUGGGGGAGCUGCAGAGCAUCAGGCUGUGGCAUGACAACUCGGGGAGCCACCCCGCCUGGUAUGUGGACAAGGUGAUGGUGCACGACCUUGAGACCGGACAGAAGUGGUUCUUCCUGUGUAGCUCCUGGCUGGCCAUAGAUAUGGGUGAUUUCCUCCUGGACAAAGUCUUCCCUGUCGCCACAGAGAUGGAUAUGAAGAGGUUCAGCAAUCUGUUCUUCAUGAAGACAGCCAAGGACUUCCGCGACGGCCACAUUUGGUUCUCUGUGGUCAGCCGGCCCCCGAACAGCAACUUCACCCGCGUGCAGCGAGUCUCCUGCUGCUUCUCCCUGCUGCUCUGUACCAUGCUCACCAGCAUCAUGUUCUACGGCGUCCCCACCGACCCGUCUGAGCAGAAGAUGGACCUGGGUCAGAUUGAGUUCACCUGGCAGCAGGUGAUGAUUGGCAUCCAGAGCUCCAUAAUAAUGUUUCCCAUAAACCUCUUCAUCGUGAGCAUCUUCCGGAACACCAGGCCGCGAGAGAGGAAGCCGAAGCAGCCCAAAUCAGAGUCUGGCAAGCAGGGAAAGACGGGUCGGGUCUCCCCUUCCCAGCCUCCCUCUCCACAGACCGGCCACAGGGACAUCACCCCCGAUGCCAUCAUCAAGGACAUCAAGAGGAUAGCGCAGUCACUCUCCAAGACCAUGAAGAGCCCCAUCCCAAAGCUGGAGACAGAAUUCAGCAGGACGGCCGACAUCAAUGACCUGCUGUCGCUGGUGGAGGGUAUCAUCAGGCAGCAUAACCGGGCGGGCGAAGAGUUCUACAGCGACAGCAGCAAGAAAGAUGGAGCUCUGGUGCUCACCCUGGGAGCAGUCAACCUGCAAGAAAGCAGCCCCGGCGAGCGGCCGGACUCGGCGACGGGAAACGGCCAGCGGCGGAGCGACUACAGCCAGUACCUGCACCGGCAGCUGCUGCAUGUGGAGAAGGAGCUUGAGCUGCUGGGCCCCGCCCGCUUCCCAGAGCCCCACAGCCACGCCCGGGCGGUGCAGCAGGUCCAGCACAUGAAGGGCCUGCUGAAGUCUCACCUCUCCUCCUCCGGCUCCUCCUCCGAGGACCAGCCUGAAGGCGGAGGCACCAGCGGCGGCAAGUGCUGCAAAGGGGGCCUGCCCUGGUGGUUCGUGUUCGUGGGCUGGCUGCUGGUGGCGGCGACCAGCGUUGUUUCGGCCUACUUCACCAUGAUCUACGGGCUGACCUAUGGGCUGCAGCGCUCGAUCAGCUGGCUCAUCUCCAUGGUCGUGUCCUUCUUCGAGAGCAUCUUCAUCACCCAGCCGCUCAAGGUCUUGGGUUUUGCUGUUUUCUUUGCCCUGGUUCUGAAAAAAGUUGAUCAGGAGGAAUAUGGAGAUGCUCCCGUCGAAGGAGCGCUUGUAAACUCAGAUGACCCAGAUGCAGUGCUGAGUGCUCGGCGGGACAGUACCUGCAGCUUCUACCAGCCCCCUCCCCCCACUGACAUCGAGAAGAUGAGGAGCAACAUGAUCAAGGAGCAGAAAGUGUUCGCACUCUUCAGGGAGAUCAUCACCUACUUGGGGUUCCUGUGGAUGCUGCUCCUCAUAGCGUACGGUCAGCGGGACCCCAAUGCCUACUUCCUCACCCAACACAUACAGCAGAGCUUCAGCAACGGGAUCCCUGACACAAUGAGCCAAAAAGACGUCUUCACUUGGGCAAACACCACCCUGCUCAGCAACCUCUUUGGAGAGUACCCAGGAUUCAUCACGGACGGGAACAGCAAGCUGGUGGGCAGUGCACGUAUUCGGCAAGUGAGGGUGCAGAGCAAGUCCUGCCCUAUUGCCCGCUCCAUGCGCCACUCCGUCCUGGACUGCCAGGCCCCGUACUCCUGGGAUGUGGAGGACAUGGGCUCGUAUGGGCCAGGCUGGAACAGCUCGGCCCACACCAACGUCUCGCUCCCCCCCAGCCCCUGGCAGUACCAGAGCCAGGGCAAGCUCCGGGCACCCCCCACAUGGGGCAGCGUGGUUCUGUACAGAGGUGGGGGCUUUGUGGCUGACCUGGGGCCGGACCUUGAGACCGCCAUGAGUGUCCUUCAGUACCUGUUUGACAACACUUGGUUGGAUGUGUACACACGGGCGGUCUUUGUGGAGUUCACGGUCUACAACGCCAACAUCAAUCUCUUCUGCAUCGUCACCAUAAUGAUGGAAACCGCGGCUGUGGGGGCUUUCCAGUUCUACUCUAAGCUGCAGGCUGUACGUCUCUACCAGUCAACUGGUGGCCUAAGCGCCUUCGUCAUGGCCUCGGAGGCCAUAUACUUCCUCUUCAUCCUCUACUAUAUGUUUGUUCAGGGGAAGCUGAUGAAGCAGCAAAAGUGGGAAUACUUCCGGUGCAAGUGGAACCUUCUUGAGCUGGCCAUUAUAAUCCUGAGCUGGAGUGCACUGUCAGUCUUCAUCAAGAGGACACUGCUGGGGAACCGUGACAUGGAGUUCUACCAUGACCACAAGGACGAGUUUGCCAGUUUCUACGACACGGCGGCGGCAGACUCUGUCCUGGGUUACCUCAUUGCCUUCCUGGUGCUUCUGGCCACCGUGAAGAUGUGGCACCUGCUGAGACUCAACCCAAAGCUGCACAUGAUCACUGCCACGCUCCAGCGGGCGUGGACCGACAUCUCCGGCUUCAUCAUCGUCAUGAUCAUCAUGUUCCUGGCUUACUCCGUCGCUUCAAAUCUGAUGUUUGGCUGGAAGCUGUAUUCGUACAGGACCCUUAUGGACGCAGUAGUGACAAUGGUCAGCUUGCAGUUGGGCAUCUUCAACUACGAAGAGGUUCUGGACUAUAACCCUAUGUUAGGUGCUUUCCUCAUUGGCACCUGCAUUGUCUUCAUGACCUUUGUGGUGGUCAACCUCUUCAUCUCUGUCAUCCUGGUGGCAUUCAGUGAAGAACAACAGUACCACAAGCCCUCUGAAGAGGAGGAGAUUGUGGACCUUAUGCUCAUGAAGAUCUGCAGCCUCCUCGGAAUCAAGUGUAAAAAACAAGAGAAAGAUGAAGGGAAAGAAAACAACUGCACGGCCUCCGUGGGCAAAAAAGCCCCAGUGGAUUAGCAUUAUAGAUCUAUCUUCACAAAUAGUGUUGUACAACCUGAGAGAUCAUUUUCAUGAGCUGUGAACUUUCUGCCUCUCAGAUUCUCAAGUGUUUCUCUUUUAGGCUACGAUAUGAUUAAAGAUUUGAAUGCAUAUUAGACACUCUGUUUGAAAUGUUGGAAAUUUGUUUUCUCUUGUAAUUCAGAAUAUAGCUGUUUUACAGCUUUUAUGUAACAGACGAAAAAACAACUCACCCAUAAAAUGGGCCAGAAAAGAAUGCUUGAAAAACCAUGUUUCAUGCAUUACAAAUAUAUUGAUGGAAACUGUACUGUUAAGACAUGACAGAAAUGUGACUAAACAGCAGAAUGUAAUAAAGUGAUCCUGCAUUGUGCAAGGGGAAAGUGCACAUAAUUUAGAGGCUCAGAAUCCAUGGCAGACUUUAUGUUGAACUUUGCUGUAUUGGUAACAAGCAGUUUUUGUUAAUCUUAUAUCAGAUCAUUGCUUUGGGCAUAAUGGUAUCAUGUUGAAAAUGUAAAGACUGUAAUUCAAGUUUUAAGUAAUCAUGAACAUGAAAAAUAUCUUGAGGUCCUACUUUUCACCAAGUUGACGUGGAUUUAUUUUCCUGUUCAAACCAACUCCCUUCUAACAAAUCAAAAUCCCUCAUGCAUAUAUGUCAGUGCUAAAAUUCUGAAAUGAGAAUUUCAAUCCUCAACUGCAACUGUGCACUGCCCUUUCACUUGCAUUGUGACUAAAAUACUCUGAUUUACCCAGUUAUGCACUUGUCCUUUUGCUCUUUGUCAAAUGUGAUUUGCAGUUCAUAAAUUUGCACUCUAUUACUGUAGUAACUAUUAAAUAAUGU